GUUGCAACGAAGUAGUAUCAAAUCGACACUUGUUCUAAGCGCAUUAUUGCUUUUGACAAUUUUGCUGUAUUUAUUCCAGACCCUCAGACCACGGCACUACUUGUCUUGUUUCAUCAGCAAACCGUAGACAGUAGUAGAUUUAAUUGUUUCACGAGCUCAGCAGUGUCAUAUACUUUAUCUUUUUCCGUCUUUUUUUCCCCUUGAAACCUGCUAGUUAGCUCCAUCCAUGGCCAAAUUUCUGCCCGUAAUUGGUGAGGCCGUGACCGCGAUCGAAUCCGCUGCCAAGCUGGUUGCCUCGGGAGUGGUUCUGCCCUUCGAUGAGGAGGCUGCGGAGAAGCUGCUGGAAGGAUCGGGACAGGCGUGGGUGGAAUACUCCGAGCAGAAUGUGAUCGCCUGUGGGUUGAACAUUUUGAUCACUGCCGCGCUGGAGGACGACGACGAGGGGGAGGCAACUACGGGCGUGGUGCCAGCAGAACCGCAAGCACGUCUGCACCGGGAAGAUGUGGAGCUCAGAAGCCGAGCGACCAACGCUUCCGACACGGAAACGGAUUCUACCUCCGCGUCGUCUGCAGACGGCAACGAAGAUGAGCCCCGCCGGGAUCCGAACCAACCGCCCCGGGGGGUACCCACCAGUGAUUUGGCGCUGCUCAGCUCGGAUCAGGUCAGUGUUCUUUCGUCGUCCAGUGGCCAGCCGACCGGUCGACGCAGUUCGCGGGUGGAGGAGCUGCGGCUCUCGCUGCAGAACGCCGCGCUGACCUUUGUGUCCAGCGUUCCGUUGGUGGGGCACAUCAAAGGGAUCGUGCACUUUGUAGAAGGCGACGACGAGUUGGGAACGCAGUGCAUGCAUAGUGCGACGCGCCCGAUCUUGGUCAUUGGCGCUGCGGCUGCGACGGCAGUGACCUGCGGCGGAGCUCUCCUGCCAGCCGCGGGUGCGGCUGUGAUGGGCGGCGUUGUGAGUAUGAGAGGUGAAAAGUCGAAGGACCAAAUGCCGCGGGCAGAGUUUUUCAUUUGGUGUUGUCUUGGUCAUUUUUUUUUUGGUUUGACAUUGAAAAGUUACUGUGCAGCAGGCGCAGAAUUUGUAGCAGCACUUUCAAAAUACUUAUCCAGUCAGAUUCAAGUCUACCGCGGUCCGCGAAAUGUACUUGCACGAAAUACUAUGUCAAGGGUGAGGAUGCGACACGACGUCUGCAUCCCCUGUGUGACCGUUACAUUGUUUAGUCGUGUCGUUUUUGGACAACAUGGAAAUCUAUGUGAUUUUUCCAUAUACAUUCGACUGGAUAGUAGUAGUACACAUACAUGGACAUCAUGCCUAGCCACUUCUGCCGCAGCGGCUGUCUCUUCCUUUUCGUUGCAUAAGCAAUGACGGAGUGUUUUCCGCGGUGGACUCCGCAGUGCAGAACGAGAAGAAGAUGCACGGGCUGUUUCAUCAGGUGAUUGAUCGUGCGAUUCUGGAGGAGGAUCCGAACGCCAUCGUCGAUGUUGGUUUGCUCUUGGCCACGGACGCGGUCACAGGAGCGGCAACGGCGGCAGUGGUUUCCCGUGUCGUGAACAAUGGGGCCGCGGCCGCGCAGUCCGGCGGGGGUAAUGGCACCAGUGGUGCGGCAACGAAGUCCACCUCCGCAGCAGUCAAUGGGGCGCCUACCAGUUCUGCCGCGACGACAACGGGCGCCACGACGCCUGCGUCCGGCGGUGCAGCUGAGGGCGCGGCUUCCGGAACGACGGCGGGGUCCGCUGCCGCAGACGCCACAGCUGCAACUGCGGGCGGUGCAGCAGGGCGCGCGCUGGCCGCGGAAGCCGCGCAAAAGGCGGGCACCGCUGCAGCGGCGGGCUCCUCGUCCGGGAGCGCAGCAACCAACGCAGCGGUGGGAAUUUCGCGGGUGGUAUCUUCCGGAUAUGUCAAUCUGCGCACUAGCAGCACGAGAGACCACAACUCAGUGUAGUUUUUCGCUUCGCGAAUAAACGUACGCGAAAAUAACAGAUACGACUUUAAUCAUGUCUGUGCGAUCAUUUCUUAUAAUAUCGUGUGCACGUCCACGUCAACAUAGAUCCAAGCUGGUGUAUCGAGGAUGAGAAAGCGGAUGGCGUUCGCGAUGCUUGGCAGCAGGGUGCUCUUUGAACUUCAGUAGACCCUGUUGGGCUGCUUCCGCUUGCAAUGUUGAAUAAGUUUGUGCAAAGUCAUUCAGCCAGGAGAGCAGAAAGUGCCAUGUUCAACUAACUUGCUUCACUAAAAACUCGCUUAAAAGGCGUGUGCAGAUUUGUUUUGCAGGCGAUAUGGGGCAAAGGCAACUUUGGCCGGAACUGUCGGCGGAACACGGAUUGUGGCCGGUGGGCUCGCUGCCUGCGCCGAUCGACGUCGACGAGAGCCACGGUUCGGCGCGGAUCUUUCGUCUGACGACGAAAACCAUAUCGGAUUGGCCGGCGCUGCUGAGGGCAGGCUGGCGCGGUCGCAAAUUAUCGCUCUUCGGCACACUCAUAUGGGACAAGAAAUGCGCUUGUUUUGCUUUUGUCUGAAUCUUGAGUCAGUGGGCGCCGACUCCGCGCAGGAGAAGAUAAACAUGCAAGAACGUUGCGUCAUCCUGCAGUCGGCGGCCUUGCAUCAAUUAAUAUUAAAUGAAUUCGCAUUGUGCUCCGAGAAUUUGUUUGUAGGCAAAAAGACAACUACGCGUUGCAAAAUUCAGAAGAAGCAAGACACUACUUUUCUGUUGCACACAUUGUCCCUCCGAGGAAGAUUUGGCGGAGCCUGAUGCGGACGUUGGUCCCGAAGGCGCCGGUAUCGCCGUCGCUAUGCUCGAAGAUAUCAAGCUCGACUCUGACCUGGAAGCUACUACCGAGCCAGACCCCGCCUCGGAUAUGUUUGAUUCGGAGCCGGAAGAUGAGAGGGACGGCGGCGCGUCGGAUGCGUGUCCAGAGCCGGAGAAGAUCCAUUUAGUGGACUGGAUCGGCGGAUGUUAGCCAGUAGUUUCUAUGGCGAAUCAAUAACUGUGGUCACAAAAAUGUAAGGAAAACAUCGAUGCCCCGUAUCCAAAUGCAAAAGCAGCGAUCCAUCGUAGGUGGUGGCGGUCGUGUGGCAUAUUUCGAAAUAGCGGCCAAAAUUUAUGUACCAAAUUUCCUUCCACCCGUCACUCAAUCGCGUGUCAGAAAGAUCCAUCACAAUGUACUCUAGAGAAAAUGUAAAGUCUUUAAUCUCGCUUGAACUGCGACAGCAGUGCUUCUUCACUCAGUGUCAAUGCCUUUCGCGCAGCAUGAACAAAGUGUCGAAUCACUGUAUUCUAAUUUCAGUGCCUUUUCAUUUUCUGCAUUGUAGAAAUGACAUGAUGCCACGACUACACGGUCGUUUUUGACUUCGUGUCUCUCCUACCUGUAUCUGCGCAAGAAUGCACAGCUUUCAACUACAGAAAGUUCGGAAUCCUUUCUGUGACCGUCGGCACAAACGGUAUUCCAUUUUACUGUGCUUGCUGAGCUUCGAGAACAAAACACAAAAGACGAAAGUGCGUCAAAACGCGGGUGCGAUGCGAGUUUGUGCAUAGAUACAGCAAACUCUGUGUUGUGGUUUUCGAAGCUGGUUUUUGAGUAGCGAAGCCAAUACCAUACAAGGCCGCAACUUAUGUCGCGCAGUGGGAGGGUGAACGAGUG